AUGAGCUCGUCUAAUGCAGGAAGCAGCGGCCCGUCUCCUUCGAGUGAGGGAGCAGCGUCCACGUCGUCUGCACCUCCUGCGUCCAGCACGCAGCCGACACUCAAAGUCAUGCGGCUGUACAAACCACAUUUAUUUGUCCAGGGCGUGACAGGAGGCUCCAUGCUGCCCACGACAAUGGCCGAAGCUACAGCCACCCAACAUGAGUUUGCCCUGUCCAGUAUGCUCAUCUUGCCGGACAGUUUCGGAGAGAUAUUCCUAGGCAAUACGUUUAGUAGCUACAUUAGUGUCAUCAACCCGUACUCGUGUGAAUUACGAGAUGUUAAAUUAUCAGCAAAUAUUCAAUGUGCCAAUGACCGAGUGGAGCUGCACGACAACCGGUUCGCACGAGCGGGAAAGAUGCCUCCUACUAACCCUGUCGCAGUACUUCCUGCUGGCAGUGGUCUGGAUAUGGUGGUGGAUUAUCCGCUGAAUCAAGUGGGGAAUCACGUGCUGCGUGUGAGUGUGGCUUAUGUGGAUCCGGUGACGGGUGACAGUAAGUCGCUGCGUAAAUUUUACCGCUUUGGUGUGCAGAACCCUAUGGUCAUUACGUUCAAGCAAAGUCCCCCGAUGUCAAUGCACCAGCAGCACGGUGAAGUGAUCGUAGCAGCACAAAUCCGCAAUGUGUCCAAACUGCCGCUGUUUGUGGACAGUAUCAAGUUUUUGCCGUUGCCACCAUUUGUGGCCAAGGAAAUGCAAGUAGCAAGUAGUAGGAUCAAAAAGGAGCUUGACCAAGCAUCGAUACAAGACCUUUUGUCAGUAGACGAUGAACCGCAGACACUUGUUAAUCCUCAAGAAGAACUCCAGCGUGUAUUCCACGUCUCGUACGACCCCACGUCGAAUCCAGCUUUGCUCACGACACAGGGUUCGCAGAAUCUUGGUCGACUUCAUGUGGGGUGGAAAACAUCAAUGGGGGAAGCAGGAUCAGUGCAGAGUCCGCCGUUGAUGCGGGAGAUUUCUGAGGCCGUUGGCCAAAACACAGCCAGCGCUGGCGAUAUUGUCGUAUCUGUUGAAGAAAUUCCUAGCAAAGUGGUGGUGGGACAACCAUUUGUGGUGGCAAUAUCGGUGACGAACAAAUCGCUUCAACGUCUAGCACUCCAAGUGCAGUUUCGCAAAGAGCUGAUGCAUGGCAUUGUUUGCUCGUCUGCAUCUCACCAGAAUAUUGGCGUUUUGGAAGCCAAGACUACGCAGACGAUUUGGGUCGAGUUUCUCGCUAUUGUGGGUGGCCUUUGCGUCUUAGGCGCCCCAGUCUGUGUUGAUAUCCAAUCACGGAAGGAGUUUACUCAAGCCGCCGCUCUAGCCCAUGUACUAGUUGCGCCCUCAUAA